AUGGCUCGUCAAGGCGAAGGCGAAGGCGAACCCGAUCCCGAGCCCGAAGCCGAAUACAAGCCGCUCACGACGCUGCCCUCGGGUGACGCCAUCGACUCGUCCGCACCGCCCCCGUCGCAUCCGCCGACGAAGAAGCAGGCGCCCUUGGGCGUCGUGCUCGCCAGCGUCCCCUCCAAGGCCGAUGCCUUCCUCGCACACCUCUCUCGCUGUCUGCAGACGCGAGCGGGCACUGACGUCGUCCUCAUGUUCCUCUGCUACGCCUGCCGCACCGGCGGUUCAGUCCUCGAAACCUUCAGCCGGCCAGUGCUGCAGCGGUCGGCCCGGAGGCUCGUCGCCGCCGCCUUCAAGCUACCGCCGGCGACGACCAUCGUGCUCUCGUCGGCGACGGUGCCGUCCCCGCUUGCGGCCCUCGCCCUUCGGGUCGGUGGCCACCUGAAGGCCGCCUCGGCCCUCAUCUCCGAGACGCGCACCUUUGGCAGGCUGUGGGGGCUGCUGGGCUUGUACUUUGCCGCCAAGAAGCUGCUGCUCAAGUCGUCGGCCAGCAAAGCGUCCAAGGAAAGCACCAAGGAUUCGGCGAUGACGCAAUGCGCGAGCCACGAACGCUUCGAUACCAUCGUCGCCUACGCCGAGAUCCUCUCUCUCAUCUCCUACCAAGCGUUCGAGAACCUCGCCUUUCUCGGCAGCAAGAAUGUUCUCCCCAUUUCUCCCAAGACUGCCGAUAGAUGGUCCCUCAUCAGCGUGCGCUCGUGGGCUGCCUACGUCGGCCUCGAGCUGGGACGCCUGCUCGUCGAGCGCUCGCGCAGGACGAGCUUCGGCCUCGCCGCCGAGGAUGCUUCCUGGGUCGCGGGGUGGGUCGUCGACUUCACACGGAACCUGGCCUGGGCCCCGCUGACGGUGCACUGGAGCGUGCCCGAUGGCCUGCUCCCCGAUCUCGCCGUCUCGCUGCUCGCACUGUACCCCUCGACAGGCGCCAUGCUAGAUCUUUGGCGCGAGACGAAGGCCUAG